AUGGCUAGCGAAGGACUUCCAAAGGAUCAGUUCUCUGAUCCUGAGAUCCAGGGAAUUCUGGAAGGCGAGGCGCGAUUUCGUCGACUAGGCUGGAAGCGAUUGACCAUCAUCACAAUUGUCGAAGCCAUUGCCUUGGGAAGUCUAGGAUUGCCUUCUGCAUUCGCUUCCCUUGGCAUGGUAGCCGGUGUUAUCUUGACUGUUGGCCUCGGUUUUGUGGCCGUGUAUGCAGGGUACAGUAUCGGCGAAACCAAGCUUCGAUACCCACAGGUCGGACACUAUGCAGACGUCGGUCAACUUCUGCUAGGAAAUGUUGGCUCGAAGAUUUUCCUCGGCAGCUUUGUCGCCCUCCUCGUCUUCGUCAUCGGAUCCCACUGCCUGACCGGAGCGAUCGCGUUCCAGACAAUCACCCAAAGCAGCGAAUGCUCGAUCAUUUUCAGUGUUGUGUCGGCUGUGAUUCUACUUCUUCUCGCUAUUCCCCCUUCAUUUGCAGAAGUGGCUAUACUGGGCUAUAUUGAUUUCGCCUCGAUCAUCAUCGCUAUUGGCGUCACUAUGAUCGCGACCGGGAUCCAAAGUUCGAGUGGCACCGGCACCUUCGUCGACCACACUCCUUGGUCAGCCUGGCCAAAGCCUGGACUUACAUUUUCGGCGGCCAUCGUGGCCGCUAACAAUAUCGUGUUCGCGUUUUCAUUCGCUGGAUGUCUGCCAUCGUUUAUGGAGGACAUGCACACUCCCGAAGACUAUACCAAAACACUCUGGUGGCUGGGAGGAAUUCAAAUCGUCAUUUACACCCUCACCGGCUCAAUCAUCUACGCCUUUGUGGGACAGGAAGUUCAGUCUCCCGCCUUGCUAUCAGCAGGUCCAGUUAUUUCCAGAGUCGUGUUUGGAAUCGCACUUCCCGUCAUCUUUAUCUCGGGAUCAAUCAACACGACCGUUGUCUGCCGAUACAUUCACGGCAAGGUAUACCAAGACUCAAUUGUCCGCUACGUGAACACAAAAAAGGGCUGGAUGACCUGGCUCGGCCUUGUGUUCGUCGUCACGAUUCUGGCUUGGAUCAUUGCAGAGGCAAUUCCGAUCUUUUCUGAGCUGCUUUCGAUCAUCUCGGCUUUGUUUGUGUCGGGUCUGUCCUUCUAUAUCCCACCAAUCAUGUGGUUUGUGCUUUUGAAAGAGGGCGCCUGGUACGAAAAGCAUAAUCUGAAACCGGCGAUCUUGAAUGGUGUCGUUUUCAUCGUUGGCAUGAUUAUCUUCGGAUGUGGCACAUAUUCUAGCAUCGCAGAGUUGAUUCACAAGUUCCAGUCGGGCUCUGUGAGCAAGCCCUUUACUUGCUCUUGA